AUGAAUUCCGAGCAAUCUUCGUCUCUCAAGCGACCUCGCUCCCCAACGGAGCCUCAACCCCUCCCAGCAGCAAAGGUCCCGCGGACUGCUGCGAACCACUUGCAAAUCAACUACCUUGUCCGGCAACACAAGGAUACUAUCCCCCUCGUCACAGUCAAUGACAAGCUUCCCGAGAUAGCUCGCCUGCUGGGGGAAUACGAUGGGGUCAUACAACGCCACGAGAGCAUGGCAGGUAAUUUGGGAGCUUGUCCUGUCGGCCCCAUCCUGGUUAAGCGGUUUGAGAAAAUGUUUGACGGGCCGCCCAAGAUUCUCAAAUCUCACGCAAAGGAUGCCCAUGUGACCUGGUUGGACGUGGUCGAGUUUGCCCAGAACAAUCCCAAGCAAUUCAACCUGGAAAGAACUCGCAAUGGAGUGCGGGUCUGCCAGUUCUACACCAAGCAGUGUCGGGUUGAGAUCUCGGAGGAGGAUUUCGUCCUCAUCGCCAGUGGCAUGCCUCAGAAAUUGAUUCCCCCGCAGCCCAUUCUGGAAGACGAAGAGAAGGAAUUAGGCGUCAUGGACCUCCUGGACCGCAAUCUCGGUCAGGUCAUUCAGCUUGCAGAUCAAGUGUCUGGCCGAGCGCGACAACUGAUCCACAAGAUGAAAGGUCGGCGCACAGCCAUAUUGAGCAGACGCGACCAGGAAGCCGAGGCCAAAAGACAUGCCACAAGAACCGAAGCUGCCCCCGGUUCGCCCAUGGACACAAACGGGGUCGGCAGCGCCCGCGCAGUAAGGAGUAUCGAGGUCUCUCAAUCGCCUCCGGUCGGAUUUACCGCGGUCAACCUGAGACAGUCUACAGCUGCUGAAUCAGAUCUGCGGCGUGGAUCUUCCUCCAACGACCUUCUACGAAGUGCUGGCGAGGAGACGUAUGGCUCGUCAAACGCGGGAAAUGUCACCAUCAUCAAUGGCAAGUCGAUUAAGGAUGCUUCCCCGGUCCAGCGUACCGAGAUGAUAAAGAAUUUCUUGACACCAAGCGAACGAGAAGCUGGCUUGACCGAAGAUACUGUUCGUCGUUCUUCUCUAGGAGCUGGCACUAGUCGAACACAGGCGAUGAACGCGUCCUCUGCGGAGAAACCACGUUCCCGUUCAAUCGAACUAGCAGCGGCAAGCAUAUCGUCGGUGGCCAUCCCGAAUACGCCGGCUUCUUUGAUGCCUCAUAUGAAGCCAAUCACGCUGGACAGGGAUGACGGUGGACCAUUCAAGGCAGAGAUGGUGCGACGAAUGGACAACAUGUGGAAGGGUGACCGGGUGAUUCCUCCGUGCGAUCGAUGUCGGAGACUACACAUGGACUGUCUGAAGAACCUCACAGCGUGCAUGGGAUGUACUAAAAAGCAUGCCAAAUGCUCGUGGAAGGAGGUCAAAGAGGAAGAAUUACAGCUGACGGCACCGGGGUCCGCUUCGCCCGACAGGGAAACAGCAGGAGAAGAGUUGGGCAAGGAGAGUCCACCGCCUCUCUCGGCGGGAUCCGGCGUCGAGGGCGGUCGCCAGACAGACGACAUGCAGAGGUCUGCGACCAUUGCCCGAGCCUCGCUAGAUCUGGCAGGUGAAAGGGGUUUGAAUCCAAAGGACAGUGGGUCACGGGAGCUACCAGCAGAGUCGACUGCGCAGCUUGAGACGGCCCCCUCGAGCAGUUCGACGGGACGAUUUGACGUCCGGCCACCGCCGCUGAUCCAACAAUUGCAAGAUGCUGCAGCCGAACGCUCGCCCACCGCACGAAGUUCUUACCUUGCGACAUUCUCGCCACGAGAGAAGGGACGAAUAGACGACCAUGAUGAUGACGACGAAGGCGAUCGAUUGCAGGCACUAGCAGCACAAGUCUACCGAAGCGCGUCUCAAGGCGGACAUCGCUAG